GCAUGAUCAAAUUCACGUCAAAUGCACUUUGAUCGCUCGAGCAGUGAGUAGGGCUGUGCUGUAUCAAUGUCAUCGAAAGGCCCUCGGUUUCGUCGUAAUGGAAAGCUACAAGCUUGCGAGCCCUGUCGUAAACAUAAAAUAAAAUGCGAUCAUGAUGUGCCAGUAUGCGGGCGAUGUAGAAGGCGAAAGCUAGAAGCGCAAUGCAUAUAUCAUCCUGCUCCUCUAACGAGACCGACAAGUUCACCAAGCACGAUAAGUUGGAGGGGCCCAGAGACUCCAAAGACAGCAGUUAGCCAACACGGUCAAUCGAGCUCGAGCAUUGCUGCGAUCCUAAAUGAGACUGAACCCCCACCAUCAACACAGGACACGGCAACUACAGUUGAUCACGUGCCGGGAUAUCUCGGUAACACAAGCUUCAGCGAAGUGUGGAAUACGCCUGGUCAUGCGUCUGACAAUGUGUGGCUCGGGAGCUUGAAAAGCUUCAGAAAAAUGCUUCGUACUCCCAAAACAUAUCAAUUAUCCCCCGAGAGAAUUCACUCAGGCGCUCAUGUUUUGCGUCUGCUCGCAGAGGCACAGUCUGUGAAACGUAUCAUUGAACAGUAUUAUCAAGUGAGUCCUACAGUGGUAGCGCCAUGGAUUGUGAUGAGCAAUUGCCUAGACUCUGUGCUGGCUACUGUGCAAGCUUGCAAGACUGACCAGGAUCGUGAGAUCCUUGCAAGAAAAGUGUUCAAGCAAACAUUCAUUCCGAUAGAAGUUGAUGAGAAUACAACACCUCAGAAUCUUCAUCUCGCCUGCACUGGCAAUAAGCUUCGAUUUGAAAUCAUCGGAGUGAUCCUUGUUUAUUAUGUUAUGGGCUGUCUUGUUGCUGACCUAGACUUGGAUCUACCUUCCAGACCAGGAGGGCAGUACCUCCUAGAGCUCACUCAUGCGAGCAAUCUGUGCGUUUCGUUUUGUGAUCGCACAGAGUCCUUAAACGACAUACUUCUCUGGCUCCUUACUGCCAACGUGAUUCUUCUUACCUUUCAGUACGGCGAUGCUAGCCAUUUAGCUUGGAGGCGAACGGGUGAUCUAGCUUCAACAGUGUUUGCCUUGGGGAUACACCAGGAGCCAUCAAUUAAUACGAAACUUCCGUUCUUUGUGAUAGAACUGAGGCGCCACGUCUUUUGCAAUGCAUAUUCCACGGACAAGGCGUUGUCAACCUUUUUUGGCCGCCCGCCGCGUAUUUCGAAGCGCUACUGCUCGAUGCAACCGCCACAUGAUCUCACCGACGACGAGAUUAUAGCUCCAGAACAUAUUCGAAAUCUUGCCCUUUCAAAGCUGGAUUCUAAUGGUUGGAACCUGCAAGGGCGAAUCAGUCGUUCGACCUGGGGACGCGUAAAAUUCCGAAUCAACCAGAUCCGAGAAGAUACCUUAGAACUUUCUCUUGGAGUGCCUCGAGAAGAUGAGCAUCAAAAAAGAAAAGUGCAGUCCGUUUUAGAACGGGCCAAAGCUACGUAUCAAAGUAUACCGGAGUUCGCACGGUACAACGAUGGAAUCUGGAACUCUGGGCUGGCGGCACACUUGUGCUUCAACCUUCUCUACUAUCAUUUGCACAUAACGUACAGUCAGUUUUUGCUGCUGAGAAUGCUCGCUCGACUCGGCGGUGCAACGUGGGAUGCGGUCUACGAUUCGGCGCUGUGUCUCUUGAACGGUGUGUUGAACAUUUCCAAGUAUCGUGACAGGAUUGGCUCCAUGUCGCGAGAUUUCGCGUGGGUGUCAAUAUUUUACGGACUGCCCCCGUCCGCGCUCCUUGCCAUCGAGCUAUUACGUCAACAACAAGCAUCGCCAAUUCAACCACAAGUCAGGUUGCCACGCGCAGAAAUAAUUCGCAACAUCUCCGUGUUCAUCAGUAGCCUCGAGUGGGUAGCAAAACCGGACGACGGGAAUUACGAGCUCUGCCAGGGAGCUCGACAGCUACUCGAUUCGAUCCUCAACGCCAUACUCGACAGCCAUCCUGCCUCUUCCGAGCAAACUCCUCAGCCCGCACCUGCUGACCCAGUGAUGUGGCUUGACGAUAUGUUCGGUGGAGGUUGGAUGACGAGUGGUAGUUUUGUUGAUAGCAUAGGGAUGGAUUACACCCAAGGGUGGGAGCCUGCCGGUAAUUGGCCUUUUGAGUAUUGAAUUCUUACCCGUGAGAGUAAUAGUGGCUCAUCGUAAUGUUUCCAAUGGAUUAAGACCAGACUUAGUAUCUCGGGGAGAAGAAACAUCUCCGGUUGUGAAGAUAUUCAAGUCACCCAAGGUGUUAAGCGUACAUUCCCGAUUGGAUGCUCGAGCUUUGCAGCUUGUUAACUUAAAGUAGUUGCGCACCUUUUACACUAUAUUGUCAUGGAAAGGGUGGGGGGCUCAGCUAAGCCCAUUUGUCUCAGGGAACAGUACACAAAGCUCACGUAUUAUAG